CCCUUACCCUUUCCGCGGAGCUGUAUGACGUGUACGUAAACACACCCUCCUGUCAGGACCAAUGAAGGUGCCUUCAGAGCGCCUGGUAAAAAUCAGGUACUUACUAUAAAACAAUUCUGACGAUAAUUACUACAAAUAAUUAUAUAUUAAAUACAAACUAACGAAAAAACAAUAGACUUGAAUUCAUUGUCUAGCUGUUCAGCGUACAUUAACGGCACAUUUUUUGACAGUCAAACGUUAAAGACAGCCCGUCGUCGAGGCGCCAAACUCAAACAAGGACGACAAAAAGCGACGCGAACGAGAAGAUUCUACAAUGAAGACAGCUAAAGUCGUCCAGCCGAAGCCUGUGCCCGAAGAAUGUGGUGUGUGGUUGGACACAGCGCAGCUCAAAGAAAAAGCCAAGCAGAAAAAAGCAGUCCGGCCCAUCUCCAAGAUGCUCAACCCACUGGCUAAAAGUAGCGGAUACAGCUUAGCGGUGUUGCUCAACUUCACGCAGACCAAGAUUGACAUGCCGAAGACCAAACAGAGCUCCAUAUUUAGCUAUUUUUCACCUACAAAUAAGCCUGGAAAACUUGGACGUGACUACGGUGAGGUUCAGAAGCAGAACGCUGAGCAGGACAUACAACGUGAUAUCCAAGAAGAAAAGAUUGAACAGAACAUCCACUUCAAAGUUAGAGAACAGCAACCUGAUUUGGAACCGAACAUCAGGAGCGGAGAUCUAGAAGAUCAACUAGAUGAGACUGAACACAACAUCCACUGCGGAUUCCAGGAAGAGCAAGCGCAUGAGAUGAACUUCAGCCAAGGAUCGUCCAUUUUUAUGAACCAAACAUUAUCGGACUUAAAUCUCAGCGAAGAGACCUUUGGGAACCAGGUGUUCGGCAAAACCUCCACUCAGAAACAUCAGGUCCUUGACUCUCCUAAUGACGACGAGAAAGAAAACAUCUUCUCCCACUCGUUUUCUCCUCUGAAAAAACGAGCCAGGCACGAAGAGGACAGCCUUGCUCAAAUGUUCACGCAGGAUUCCGACGGUUUUCAGGUCAUCGCGCAUCGAUAUUGUCGGAGUCCCUUCAAAAAACGUGGCGACUUCACUGUAAAGAAACCCUCAAAGACGUUAUUUGACGUCCAGGAAGCGCUUUUCACGCAAGACUCUCAGGGAAAUAAAGUGAUAAAACAUUGACACAAGGAGAAUAAAUUGUUUUUAUUUGUAAAAAGUCAUUUUUUUGCUUUCAUGUACAUUAAAGGUUAUCAUU